AUGGACAAUCUCAGGUACCACUCGCAUAUAGAACCUAGCACAGAGGCGGGUCGGCCGAUAUCAGCUUGCGAGAUGUCGAAGGAGAUCGGAAAUGCCAAGGACACCGAACGGUUCCGAGAAAGCUUGAGAAGGCGUCGCGCUAGAUGCCACUAG